AAAUUUAUAAUACAAUGGCAUAUACGGAAUGCAAGAAGUAUGUCACGUGUCCCAUGUGCAAAGGUGCAGGUAGGAAAUUAUGAAAUUGCGAUUUUGCUAAUUGUGAAAUCUUUUUACGAGUGCAUUUAUUUCUUGAUAAAAACUGUUUUUAAAAAAGGUAAGUCAGUCACAUGCGCAGCGACAGAAACAAUUUCCUUAUCUAUUCAGCAUGAGAAUGCAAAUUCAUCACAAGUUGCAAAAACGCAAUUUGUCGAAGCGGCGUAUUCCGAAGCUUCGGGAGACCUACGUUUUCUCACGUUAUCCGACAGCAAGCCUUUGAGGGAUAUUAAUCCUGCGACUAAUUAUGGAGACUAUACAUCCAUGCUAGAAGGCGAUUGUAUAAAAACAGAGGAAAGAAACUUUGCGAGUCCGCAAGAAGCACUGAAACACGCCAUUCAGAAUUUAAAGCAGGAUCAAUGGCAGAGCAAUGUAUCGGCUCUAAUAAAGUUAAUGCACAUUUCGAGGAUUCAACCGGAAUUGCUGGACUCCAAUAUGCCUCGUAUAUACCGAACGUUAUGCAGUUUACUUCGGAAUACGAGGCCGCACGUCGUUAGAACGGUUUGCCAGAUAGCAACGGAGUUGUACAAGACAGUCCAAUGUACGCAGAGACCUGAAUUUGACGAACUUGCGUCCACGUUGCUUUUGAAGAGCACGCACACAAACAAGGGAAUCCGGAAUGACGCUCAACGUGCUUUGGAUUCCAUGGUGUCGCACUUGCCUCCAGCAACUUGCAUUCGGAUACUAACCAGCGAACAUGGUGCUAGCCACAAGAAUCCAUUGAUCAGAGCAGCCGUUAGCCGAUUGCUCUAUAAUAUUAUUAACAUUAUUGGAGUAGAAUGUUUAAUGUCCAAUCCCAAUCUCAAAGAUGCCCGCCGUAAGAUAUUCACAAUGUGUGCAAAAUUCCUUCUCGAUGGUAAUAACGAAACAAGGAAUGACGCAAAAAAGACGUUAAAAACGAUGAUGGGCCACACAGAUUUCAAUACUCUAUUUUAUCAGGAUGUAGACUGGAAAAUUGUUAGUAGUAUAGAAAAGCAAUUAGUGUCUUUGAAGUAUAGCUAAAUUUGUAACCUGUAACAUGUUAUCUGUUAUCGUUAUGUACCGAAAAAAUAUAAUGACGAAAAUAAUGGUUUAUUUUUUAAAUAAUAUCCCAAUAAUAAAAUACGUUGGCAUUA